AAUAUGUAUAUGAUGGAUGAGGUGGGAUUAGAAAAAGUCUAUAUAAACCAAGUAGAAGAAGAGCAGUAUUGCAACCCAAAGAGCACGUUAGGAUGUCAAUUUCUGAAUAGACCUUAGUCUUCUUCCCUCUUUUCCAAUUCUCAUCGCAUAUAUUGCAGGAAACGACCAGGAAGGUGAGAAAACAUCAAGACCAAAUCUUUCCAUUAUCAUUGUUUAAUAUAAUGAUUCCAAUUUCCUCCAAAAAGAUAACUUCUACAGUUUACAGUAAAUAAGGGAGUAAGUAGUAGAAGUUGAUGUAGAAGAAGCAAAGGUGUACUACCCACCAACAAAAUCAUUCGUUUUUUUUUUUUAAAUAUAGUCUUGAAUCUUUUCGUCUUAUUUUGUUGGGUUUUGUAAUUGAAGAAAAUCGUAGAAAAUUAUUCGAUGUUCAUCAUAAUCUUAACCCUUUUCGUCUGAAUUGUGUUGGGUUUUUGUAAUUGAAGAAACCCUAGAAAAGUAAUCGAUUAUCGUCAAAUUUUAAACCCUUUUGGUGUUGAUUUUGUUGGGUUUUUGGAAUUGAAGAUAAAUCGAAGAUGGGUGGUGAGGAGGGGGCAGAUAUGAAUGGUCACAUGGCGGAUAAUGAUUACAGAAAAGCGAAGACAUCGGUUUGGUGGGAUAUUGAGAAUUGUCAAGUACCAAAAGGGUGUGAUCCUCAUUCAAUUGCACAGAAUAUUACUUCAGCGCUUCUUAAACUUGAUUAUGGAGGUUCCGUUUCGAUUUCUGCUUAUGGAGAUACUAAUCGUAUACCUUCUUCAGUUCAGCACGCCCUCUCCUCUACAGGCAUCUCCCUCAAUCAUGUUCCUGCUGGUGUUAAAGACGCGAGUGACAAGAAGAUUUUGGUUGAUAUGCUGUUCUGGGCGGUGGACAAUCCUGCUCCUGGCAAUUACCUUUUAAUAUCGGGGGAUCGUGAUUUUGCAAAUGCCCUUCAUCAGUUGCGUAUGAGAAGAUACAAUAUCCUUCUCGCCCAACCCUCUAAAGCCUCUGCUGCCCUUGUUGCUGCAGCCAAAAGUGUGUGGUUGUGGACUAGUCUAGUUGAUGGUGGCCCUCCUCGUACCGGAAAUGAUUCGCCCCCACCCAACAAUGGUAAUAAUAAUUCGAGCAAUAAUAACUUUAACUCUCGUAUGCCGGAGAGCCACUCUGAACCUUCUCAUUUGCAUGCCAAUCAUCCCAACUCUCCUGCGAAAUUUGACAACACUGGACGAACUGGGGCCGGGGAUAACAAAAAUAAAGGCUCUGUAUAUGUACGGAAGAAUCAAAACCAGCCAAAUCUGCAAAAGGCCCCUAGCAUGCCGUUUGGGGUUCCAGAAAGUUGGUCUGCCCCUGCCCCUGCCCCUGCCCCUGCCCCUCCCCCUGCCCCUGCCUCCAGUGGUUUCCCUGGCAACCUUGACCCUUCUAGUAGGAGCAGGUCGGAUUUCGUUCCAAAUCAACGUGCUCAAUAUCCCCAUCCAUCUAGGCCAGGCAGUGCUCCCAUGCAUCCUAUUACAACUACUGGAAAUCUGCCAGUUGCCGGUAACCAUAUCAUCCAUCAUGUAGUAUCCAGACCUGAAGGUCCUUUUUCAUCAACUCCUUUUGCUAGUACCCCUGAUUUUGCCAAACUAAGCAUAUCUGGACAACCAACUUAUGUCCAAAAUCCUUCUAGUUUUCCCCCACAAGUUAAGGGAGAGAUUAAACACAAUCUACACAAGCAGUCCAACUCUGGCAACCGAAAUGCACAGAACAAACGCUCGAAUAUGCAUACAAACCAUUAUUCUCACCGAAACGGACCUUCACCUUUGCCUGCAUCCACAUCGUCACCCUCAACUGCCAGUACUGGCACAACCUCAACUCCUGAAUAUGAGCUGGCUCUUGCCGGGCAUAUCUUACUUGCUAUAGACAGCCUUAAAAUGGAGAAGAUGACGCCCACUGAGGCAAAUAUAACUGGUUGCAUCCGUUUUGGAGAGCCAAACUCCCGUAAUAUUGACGUUAAGAAAGCCUUGGAUUGUGCAAUUAAACACAACAGGGUAGAGAAGCAGAAGAUGGGUAAGUUACAGCUAUAUGUUAUGAAGAAUCAACGGUUAUGGAAUUGUGUGAAUCCAAUUGGGGCCAACCCUAAUGAAUACCCUAAAGAAACAUGGGAUAAAGUCUUGGAAUUUCUUACUUCUGAUGAACGAUCAGCCAUAAUAGCUUCAAGAUGCAGGUACGAAGCUGCAUUACUUUUGAGAGAUUCAUGCUUGAAGGAUACUUCUUUGGGUAACGCAACUCAGAUACUCAAUAUCUUAAUUAAUUCUAAACGUUGGAUAAAACCCCAUACAUCAGGAUGGCAGCCUGUUAAAGUUACACUAACUCAAAGUAAUGGCACGACAAGUAAUGAAACUGGUCCUUAAUCGAGGAUCUGCUAAAGAAAAUGGUGGAAGGUAAUGCAAAUGUCUAUAUCUUGUCCAUUGAAUUUUCAUUUUCUUCACUGGUGAACUAGGACAAAGUUUAUUUUGAGGUGUUUUAUGGAUUUAUCAGAUUAGUUAUCAAAGAAUUAGGGGAAGUUGUGUAUUGGGUUCAGGGUCGAAAAGGGUAGAUGGAUGGUAUUGGUGUUUCGUUUUAGUUGGAGCAUUUCUCAACACAGGGAGGGUACAUCACUUGGCAAUCUUGGAAAGUUAAAAAUCAAAGGUCACAGAGUGUAACUCUGUUUUACCUUAAAAAGUAUAUCUUACGACAAAAAUUACAUUCACAUAUCGGUAACUCCGGGGCUUCAAUAUGGAUUAUUGUGGCAUUUUUUACAUUGCUUUCAUCUUGAUAUCUUGGAUAUGUGAUCGAGCACUAAAGAUAGGUGAAUCAAAACAUAUCGGAGACUAUAAGAACAUAAGGUUCUACUUAUUGCGCCUGUUUUGGAAGUGCUUUUAGAUUUUUACAUAUCAAAGGGUUUGAUAUUUUGGUCGACGGUAGCAAUAUCCUUACUAUGGUCUAGUUUUUCGUGGGAAUUAUAAAAUCUGAGAUAAUUCUUUCACGAAGCAUUGGGGAGAAAUUUAGAAGUAAAACCUAAUGAAGAUGAAGGAACGAGACUAAACUUCUUUGAUAACUCAAAGAUGAUAAGCAGGACGAUGUGUGGUAGCGGGGAACACAUUAGGCAUGAACAUGAUAUUGGUUAUGUGAGUUCAUGUUGCAGAUGGUGUUUGACAUUAUGGGAGUAUGACUGUUUUUGGCUUAUAAGUUGAAUGCCUAUUCUCUGAGGCAUUGAGAUUCAAUGAAUGGAAGUUUACGAGACCUGACUUUUUGGUUUCAUGUUUGUAUUUCAUGUCUGUAUAAGCAUAUACAUGGUUGUCUGUUUUUCUUGGGUCCAGGGCAGGAUAAGUUUCUUAAGGUUUGUUGAAGGUUUCUGAGAUUUCUUGUCCUAGAGUAAUUACUAAUUACUGUCCUUUUGUGUUGGGCUGUUGUUCCUGUGUACCAAAAUUAUGAUGCAUAUUGUUGUCAAAAGUGUCUCAUGAUUCGCAAGAGCUAAUCUCUAGCGAAUCGCGAAUCGUGAAUUGUAAAAUGCAAACUAUGGUCGGUAUUGAGCUCUUCUUGGGCCAAUUUAAGAGAAUUGCGAAUUUAAAAAGCAAAUUAGCAAGCAAGUUAUGUUACCCUA